UUGAACAGCAAAUAACGAAAGCGUAAAAGGAGAUUAACCCUCUUCUUCCGAAUUACGAGACGACUUCAAAAUUAGGGUUCAUCUCAACUACUUCGUCAUCAAUGGCGAUGCAAACUGGAAUUGGCUUAUCUAGAAUCAUCUUCUUAGUCGGAGCUGGUUAUACAGGAACUGUUCUUCUUAACAAUGGAAAAUUAUCCGACCUUAUUGGCGAGCUUCAGGCGUUAGUAAAGGGUUUGGAGAAGUCUGGUGAUUCUACUGCUGACUCUGAUCCUAUCGCUGCACAGGUACGCUGGUUGGCACAAGAGGUUCGGCAACUAGCAUCAUCACGACAAAUUACAGUGGUGAAUGGAAGAUCCGGUGGAGCUGAUGCUUCAUCUCUUAUUCUUCCGGCUGCAACCUUGGGCGCUGUGGCCUAUGGGUAUAUGUGGUGGAAGGGUCUUUCUCUCUCUGAUUUAAUGUAUGUCACCAAGCGUAACAUGGCAACAGCAGUGGCAAAUUUGACGACAAAUUUGGAUAACAUUAAAGACAGACUAUCUAAAGUAAAGAUACACUUGACUCAGAGGAUUGAGAACCUGGAUGGGAAAAUUGAUGAUCAGAGGGAGAUGUCAAAGUUAAUCAUGAAAGAGGUCCAUGAUACUCGUGGAGAUAUUGACAAGGUUACUAGUGAAUUGAAUGUCUUGAGGAACACUGUUUUUAGUUUGGACGAGAAGAUGUGUUCAUUUGAAGAUAAGCAGACCCUUACACUUAUGGGUGUGGACUAUUUGUGCCAAUUUGUUGAUGGGAAGACUGCAAAGGUGCCUGAACUUUCUCAAUAUGUGAAGGAUCUCAAAGCUCAUGGUAAACCUCGUGCUCAGCUAUUGUGUUCAGAUACUAUUGGCCUCCAGGGCCUUAUGGAUAUUGUAGAGACAACAAAUAUUCAGCCGAUGAAAGAUGGUGACUUUGAGCUGAAUGACCAACUAACAAAAAAUCUGAUGAGGUCUACGUCAACCAAAGUUUCGAUGGUCUAAACGAGUUGGUUUGCCUGGAUUUUCCUAGUCGCUGUGAGAGGAGGAAUUUUUAGUGGCGAAUAAACUUUGUUACGACAUACAGUAAUACAAAAACCAUGGUGAUUACUUUUUUCUUUUAUUUUAGUUUUACUCUCUAUGUAAUUAAAAUUAAUGAUUUACAUCUUGAGCUUCAAGAUCUAAGACUGCACAUUUUGUCUACAUACAUAGUUUCAGUUUAUUUUCCUGCUGUUAUCGUUCUGUAAUUGCAGAAUCUAAAGAAUUGAAAAACCCUA